UGCACACAUCUGUGAAAGUCUGCACCUAGUUAGCAUGGCUUCACUCUGCAGUGUCAUUAGCCCCUUGAAUAAACACAGUUUGCUUCCUGGUUUAGGAGCUGUCUGAACAUUUAUUACCUCUCGUUACAAAACUAUAGAACUCUUAUUGCUCAAACAGCAUGUCAGGCCUGUAAAAUAAAAACACAGUACGAGGGCGGUCCAGCUUCAUGUAAACUAAGUGUUGUAUUAAACAGGAUAUACAGUUAAACAGGUUUAGCCGCAUGGGAAGGUCAUCUGCAAAGACAAAGAGAGCAUGAGGGGAGAAAAAGAGAGGGAGCAUUGUUCUGGAAAUAGCUUCAGGGCUUUGUCUCUCAAUGUGUGUGUGUGUGUGUGUGUGUGUGUGUGUGCAGGCAGUGCCCAUGCAUGUGUCUAUUGAUGAGGGUCUGUAUUUGUGUGAGCACUGUGUGUCCAUGGGUGACUGUGUAAAAAGUGACUCACUGGAAAUGAGUGUUGUGCUAUCACAACAUAUCUCUCUCUCUCUUUCUGUGUGUGUGUGAACAACGGGUGUGGCCCGGUGAUGUAGGCUCGUGGGGGCUGGACUUAGCUCCUCCUUCAGGUGUGUGUUUGUGAUACAGAGCCACUAGACGUAGAGGGGCAAACAGUAAAGACUCAUACUAGGAUCUGGGUCAGCUGACGGUGAAUUAAGCCUCGGUCAAGUAUAGAGAGCGAGAUAAAAAGAAGGGAGCAACAGAUGAGAGAACAUGGAGAAGACAGAAGUGCUGUUCGUACCUUUAUCUUGAAGAUUUCCAGGAAGCUUAGGGAUUGCUACCUGUCUGGACUUGUCGAGGGAAAGGCAGAGCCCUCACCAAUGAAGACUACCUGGUACUGUCCUCUGGAUUUGUCUACCGUGGUGGAGGAAGAGGAGGAUGGAGUGAUCUACACAGUGGUGGUCAAACAGCAGCAUGUCCCCAGCAGUCCAAUGUCAUCUGUGUCUCGCUCACAGUGUGUGAAAGCAGGGACCGAAGAGAAGCUGGUGCUCCACCUCCUCCACUCGUUUGCUAUGGGAGACUCCUCCUUCGUCACCAUCUUCCUCUCUACUUAUCGUUCCUUCACCUCCACGAAGAGAGUGCUGGACAUCCUCACUGACAGAUUGGAGAACCCGCCUGGGGAUAGUGAGAGGAGCCAGACGAGACAAUCUUUCAACAAAGCCGUGUGCACGGUGUUCAGCACAUGGCUCUCUGAGUAUCCUGAAGACUUCAAGAGUUUGGGGGAGCCGUCUCGCCUGCUGCGCUUGGCCCCCCUCCUCCCACAGAACUCCUCAUCUGCAGUCGACCUCCGUGCUCGCCUCCUCAGGAUAGCUGAAGAGCUCAGUGAGAAAGCCCUGCUCCCCAACACCCACGAAGCUUCACCCUUUGCAGAUCAAACCGGUUUCACCAGCCCUCCUCCUGACACUUCCAAGUUCGAACCCACCAGCAUCCUGGGAUUCCCUGCAGCGCUCAUCGCCGAGCAGCUCACUAAGAUAGAGACAGAGCUGUUUGUCCGUCUGGUCCCAUACCACUGCCUCGGUUCACUGUGGUCCCAGAGGGAUAAGAAAGGGAGGGAAGGCGUUUGUUGGUCCGUCCGGGCUACCGUCCGUCAGUUCAACAAGUUGGCCAAUGCUGUAUUAGCAUCCUGCCUUUGGCCUACGACACUGCGGAGCCAGCAGAGAGCCCGACUGCUGGAGAAAUGGAUCAGUGUGGCAGAGGAAUGCCGAGCCAGGAAGAACUUCUCCUCGCUGUAUGCCAUCGUGUCUGCCCUGCAGAGUAACCCCAUCCACCGGCUGAGGAGGACGUGGCAGGACACUGACAGGGAGGCAGUGAGGAGAUACGAGGAGCUGUCAGAAAUAUUCUCAGACAAGGACAACUACUCACACAGCAGAGAGCUCCUGAAGGAGGAGGGCACGUCAAAGUUCGCCAACCUGGACAACAGGCUCAACAACAAACAUCUUAGUAGGUCCAAUGCCCAGGGCACAGUGCCCUACCUGGGUAUCUUCCUCACAGACCUCACCAUGCUGGACACGGCCGUCAAAGACAGGCUGGAUAACGGCUACAUCAACUUUGACAAAAGGAGAAGGGAAUUUGAGGUUUUAGCUCAAAUCCGGCUCCUGCAGUCUUCCUGCAAAAACUGUGUUUUCUCCAGUGACGAGGCCUUCACACAGUGGUAUCAGAGUGUGCCCACGCUGACGGAGGAGGAAAGUUACAGACUGUCCAAUGAAAUUGAGGCGCCUUGUGACCCGAGCCCUCGUGGCCUUACGCCCACAGUGAUCAUCACACAGUGCCCAGACCUGAGUAUCUCCCGGACCAGCCUGGCUGGCGACAGCGACAGCCUCUUUGACUUCCCCACCCCUGUCAAUAAUUUACUGUCCAAACUCACAAAGCAUAUGAGAUCUCCAUCUGUGUCCUGUCUGGAUGUUGACACGUCUCCUCCAACCAACGACUCCAACCCUGCCACGUUGACUCCAUCCACCCCCACAAAAUCACAUCGCCGAUCGGCCUCCUGCGGCAACAACCCCCCCGGUAACAUCCAGGGCUCCGGGCCCGACAUGCGAAUCAUCAGGAUACGGAUGGACCUGCAGGAUGGAAACCUGUACCGAAGCAUACUGGUUACGAGCAAUGACAAGACCCCCACUGUGAUCAGCUCUGCCUUAGAAAAGCACAAUCAGGACCCCAAACCGGCAUCCAGAUAUGAGCUGAUCCAGCUUCUGCCUGAAGGAAAAGAACUGGUCAUCCCCGCUACGGGAAACGUCUUCUACGCCAUGACGUCAUCUAGCGUUGACUUCCUGCUGAGAAGGAAAGGCGGGAACACUCCGCUGGGCUCACAGCCAAUCAGCACAGAGACGAGCGCAACUUUUCCAAGAAUCAAGGCCAAGGGGAGGAGACUUGUCAGGACUCUGUUCUGACACCAGGUUUCCCUCAGUUCAUCUUUGUCCACAGUGACAGAUUUUUCUCGUAGUCCAGAUGUGAAUUCAAGACGAGCUCCCACAAACAGUGAAUGUGGCCUUCUCUGUGCUAAAGGUCUACACAUGCCUUUCCCCCCUACUCCUACAAAGCUUUUUCUACCAAAACACCAAGACCAAGUCCACUUUAUGUUUUAUUCCGUGGCUCCAUAGCAGGUUUUGUCAAACAUCUGAGACCUCCAGCUGCCCUGCUGUGUUCAUCAGAGCUGUCUGCUGCUGAAGACAUUUUCCUCUUUUCCAAACAGUAUGCUUUACUAAUUUGCACCUAGAGGAAGCGCAAUGGAAGCCUUUAACUGACUGCUUUUGGUGCUGGCUCUCAAGUCCCCGUCUGGUAGCACUUGAUGCAUUUUUUUCAUUCCAACCAAUGAACAGGAUCUGUUUUAAUUGCCUAUAGCCACCAGGAAAUCGCUUGUUUGUGUGUGCCUCAGACAUAAGAGAUAUUUUAAAAUAUAAAAAGAAUAUUUAAUUGGUCAGAACUUCUGUGAUGACCUGAGAUGCGAGGAUGAAGGAUUUAGGACUUAGGAGUUUUUCUGGGAAGAAGCAGAAAUCUAAAUCUAAAUUUACAGAUCUUGUCGGAUCUGGUUCUGGUAAACAGCACACGUGCAUCACUGUAGCAAAACACUGGAGACAUAUAUGUUUUGUAUAUAUUUAUAUAUUUUAUAUGUCUGUAUGAUGUCAACAUUGUGUUUACACUGGCAAGGAGCUGUAGGUCCAUGUGUCCAAACUGUCCAGUAACUAAUUCAUCGAGAGAAAAUGCAGCAAAUACCUGCAAGAUUUCUAUUUUGAACAGGCCACCACGUGUACGUUGAGAGUAAUUAUUUCAGUAAAUGAUUCAAACAAAUAUGUCAACAUAAAAUUAAAGCUGCAUUAAUUGACAUUUCUAAAUUAACCGUGAAUUAAAUUACGAUUCAUAUUGUGAAUGGAGCUGCUUGUAGUGGCUAAGCUGAAAAUAAUGAUCACCUGCAGCUCUAUUGAGUUCUUUGGCCUUAUUUUAGCUGAUUUGUUUUCCAGGCCCCAGAAACUAGUUAGUGAAUCAAACAUCUAGCUGCUAAAGAGCCACAUAUUUUUCUCAGGAGUUGCUAGAGACCAAACAAGAUCUAAAAGAAGAGGAAUAUGCACUUACUUCAUCAAAUGGACAGAAAUACAACUCCAGAUAAAUAUUUCCUCUUGAGCUGGAUGUUUACAUAGGCAGCUGUUUGCUAACAUGUUAGCACUAACAACUUCAUGGUCUGGUACAAUGUCAUACAGUUCGCUUUGGAGUUCUUCUGACCCCUAGUGGCUGAAAUUGAUUAUUGCAGCUUAAAAAAAAACACCUUGUAGCACUUCCAAAGAUUGUGGCUUUGCUUCAGUUUUUUAUGAGCACCAUGAGGAAGGCAUUAAGGAAAACCACAACAAUACUUAAUUAGGUUAAAGGAUUUCCAGGUGUGAUCUACUCAACAAACCACAAGCUAAAUUUAUGAAACGUUCUACAAACCUCUACAGGACACAUUUUCACAUACAAGUCUCAGCUCCAGUUUUAUCUUAUGAAUUAACAUUUUAACUUCAGUGAAGGUUUAAAACACAGAACCUCUUUUAAAAAAGAAGAGUCUGGGCUUGGACGAACUCCUGUGACCUCUGGUUGCACCUGCUCAGUGCUGGUGACGCCUCCUGAUUGGCCGAGGCACGAGCACAGCGGGACCAGGAAGAGGAUUCCUCAGGCGACGCAUGCCAGCGUGAUGCUGUGUGACUGAUUGUUUUAGUGCCUUUUUCCACAGGAUGCUCAUCUUUCCCAUGUUUGCAUUAGAAUGUAUACAAUAUACACAGGGGCAAUGCAGUCACCUCCAGUACUGUGUAGUCUCACUUCAAAGCUGUUUAUGCACUACAUCCAGGAUGUCUUAUUUUUGUGGUAAUAAAUUUACUUUUAUAUGAA